CCAAUAUGAGUCUGAAGACAGGGUUUGUGGUCCUCCUUCUCUGCAUGCCAGGGCUGCUCAGUGCUGAGUGGGGGGGGAACUACACUGAGAAGGAGAUCUGUGCAUUUAAAGGAUCCACUGUGAAGCUUCAGUGCUCCUUUAAGUUCCCGCCCACAGAAGGCGGGCGUGAGAUCAAAGUCAAGGAAACAUUUUGGUUCACCAAAGAUCCAAAUGAAGAUCUAAGAUUGGACCCUCAGUACUUUGGUGGUGUGCAGUCUGAGUGUCAUGGCAACAUCUGCAGUCUGACCAUCGCAGACGUGAGACGGAGUGACGAGUACACGUUCAGAUUCACAACUAACCAUUCCAGAGGAGACUUCAUCGUCACGCCUGGUGUCAAAGUGAACGUCAUUGGUCCGAAAGUACAAGUGCCAAAGUACUCGAAUGGGUUUGAUCUGAAGUGUGUCAGCAGCACUUGCAGUCCUUGGUCUCCUUCGUCAUACGUCUGGUAUAAGAAUGGAGAGGAAAUCCAAAAUGCAAAGUCUCAAGUGUACACAGUAGACUAUUACUCCACAGACAGUUACUCCUGUGCUGUAAGAGGACACGAGCAAGCUGUGUCUCCUCCAGAGUGUGCGUACAGGCCAUGUAACAAGGUGGUUUACUACAAGAGACACAUCUGUGCCAUGCAAGGAUCAUCAGUGGACAUUUACUGUGAAUACACGAGCUAUGGAAAUACCCUGAGAAAAUUCUGGUUCCGUACAGAUUCUAGUCACUCGGGGAACCCCUCCAUGACUGAAGGCCCUCGGUAUGAAUUACCUUCAAAGACUUCUGGAAAAAGCACACUGAGAAUAAAAGAUGUGAGGCAGAAUGAUUCUGCUGAGUACCGCUUCAAAUUCACCACUGAUGAUGAUGAUUUUGAAUGGAGGAGUAUUUCACCUGGAAUCACCUUGACAGUAACAGCUGUGCAGGUGCAGGUGAUGUCAGUCACAGUUGAAGAUUCUCACCUUGUUGCACAAAUGUUGUGUCACACAAGCUGCCUUCUAGAAGCUACUUUGUCUUUUGUGUGGCAGCAGAAUGGAGAGGUUAUAAAGUAUGGAACCAAAGUAGAAGUCACCUUGUCACCUGGAGACUACAUCACCUGUGCUGCACAACAACAUCAACAUAUCAGCAUCUCUCCUCACCUGUAUGUUCUGAAAAGACCCUCAGUGUCUCUGAGUCAUACUGGUGACAUAUUGGAGGGUCGUCCACUGACACUGACCUGCUACAUCGACAACUUCGACUACUCCUCAGCAACAGUUGAUUACUGCUGGUACAAGAAGAAGAAGAAUGUGUCUUCAGAUGAUGAAGUCCUCAGAAAAGGUCGACAACUGGUCUUCAAGCCCAUCAACUCUUCAGACUCAGCAGAGUAUUGGUGUACUGUGGAGAACCAGCUGGGGAAGAAGACAUCAGAACCCGUCUUCAUUGAUGUCCACUAUCCUCCCUGGUCACUCUCUUUGUCUGUCCAUGAGGGACAGUUCGGGACUCUGACCUGCAGCAGCGAUGCUAACCCGGCCGCCAGCUACACCUGGUACAAGGAGAACAUGUCGUCUCCUCUGGCAUCAGGUCAGACGCUGACCAUCAAAGACAUCAGUCCAGGUCAGACGCUGACCAUCAAAGACAUAAGUUCAGGUCAGAGGCUCACCAUCAGGAACAUCACAGAGCAGGGUGGCCAUGAUUAUUACUGUGAGGCCAACAACAGCAGGGGGCGCCACAUCAUUGGUGUGCAUGUGAGCGUGAAUGGAAUGUCCUGUAGAACGAUAAACAUCAUCAGGCUGUUCUGUUCUGCUGUUGUGUUCGUGGGCAUCCUGAUCAUCCUGACUCUGCACUUCAGGACGACAACGUCUCCCUCGUCCACCGCAGAUCCAAAUGAGCUCGUCCAGACUGCAGAGGUGACAUCUUGUUGGUUCUGGUGUCAUGAAUCCAGUCUCACUGUCAUCAUGUGUCCUCUUGUCAGCAGCUGGACCAUGGCGACUAUGAGAACAUUCAAGCAGAAGACGCGCUGUGACGGCCAUCUUGACCAUGAACAACAAAGUUGUUUUAAAAUAUUCAUAUUUUCACUUCCUGUGUUGGAAUGUCUAACACUGAGAGAAAAUAAUACAAAUACUUUACUUAUGCACAGACAAAGGAACAGAGGAUAACCCUCCGACCCUCCGAGCGUGGCGUUAUAAUUGAUAAUAUAAUUGACAGUUGUGGUCUUACACAAAUACAUGAACCCACACAUCGCAACGGUAAUACGAUUGAUCUGGUUCUAGUCCGGGGUGUUGCCACUUUUAAAGUUGUCGUACUCCUGUGCUCCAAAGUCAUGCCCGAUCCCUACCUCAUAAAAUUUGAAGUUCUGACCCAUUGUCAAUAUUCUGAUAAUAACCAAUGCUUUAGCAGUCGUAGCAUUAAUGUUGCUAAAACCACGACUCACUCUGGCACUCGUUAAUGGCAGCGUUCCAAAAUGAUGUGGACUCUAUCGAUAGCCUUACCAACGACUUUAAUGUUGACUUUAAUGCCAUUGAUAGUAUAGCACCGCUAAAACUGAAAAAGGCCCCUAAGAGGCACACCCCCUGGUUCACGGAAGAAACCAGGACGUAUCUUUUUUCACUCUGACCGUAACUUAGGUACAAGCUGGCUCACUAGAUUCCACACUUUCUCCUUUUUCUAUUGUGGAUCACGAUUUGUAUUUUAAACCACCUGGGAUACUAUAUCCUCUUGAAAAUGAGAGUCGAGAACGCGAAAUGGACAUUCACAGUGAUUUUUAUCUCCAUGACAAUACAUCAGUGAAGCACUAUAGCUACGGAGCUAACGUGAUAGCAUCGUGCUUAAAUGCAGAUAGAAACAAAAGAAAUAAGCCCCUGACUGGAAGGAUAGACAGAAGAUCAACAAUACUACUAUCAGGAGACACGGAACCAAACACUGGACAUGUAACUACACGGUUAAUGCUGUGCCGCCUGUCGAAGCCUAGCAAUGCUGUUGCUAACGACGCCAUUGAAGCUAACUUAGCUAUGGGACCUCGUCAGAGCUAUGAUAAAAACAUUAGCGCUCCACGUACGCCAGCCCUUAUCUGCUCAACAACACCCGUGCUCACCUGCGUUCCAGCGAUCGACGGCGUGACGAAGGACUUCACCCGAUCAUCGAUGCGGUCGGCGGCUAGCGUCGGAUAGCGCGUCUGCUAUCCAAGUCAAAGUCCUCCUGGUUGUGUUGCUGCAGCCAGCCGCUAAUACACCGAUCCCACCUACAGCUUUCUUCUUUGCAGUCUCCAUUGUUCAUUAAACAAAUUGCAAAAGAUUCACCAACACAGAUGUCCAGAAUACUGUGGAAUUUUGCGAUGAAAACAGAGCUGUUUGUAUUGGGAUACAAUGUGUCCCAAUACUUCUGUUUCAACCAUUGACUUCAACCGAAAGUUUCACGGGAAAUUUAAAAUGGCACUUUAUAAGUUAACCCGGCCGUAUUGGCAUGUGUUGCAAUGCUAAGAUUUCAUCAUUGAUAUAUAAACUAUCAGACUGCGUGGUCGGUAGUAGUGGCUUUCAGUAGGCCUUUAAACUCAGAACCCGCAGUUCAAAUGUAAAAAAAAAUCUGACUGGAAAGUAUUUGUUUGGUUAAAUUAGGUUAAAAGUAGAGUUGAGCAAUAUGGUAAGAAAAACAUAUUAAGAUACAUCGUAUGUAUAUGAAUGAAAUCACUAUUUUGUCAUGUUUUAAUGUUAAAUUGUUUGAAGUGAGAUGAAAAGAUGAAAAGGAGAAAAAUAGAUCAAUUGUAAACAUGUUUUGGUCGGUUACCAGAGAGUGAGUGCCUGUGUUCAUGCAACCAACCUUGCUUUGCAUCUUCUGCUUGCUUUCCACGAAGAAGAAGAGAAAAAAAAAAUGGCCAAACGUUUUAUGGAAGUUUUUUUUUUGUGACAUUGAUUACAUGUCUAUCGUAAUAUACUGUAUGUAGAUGUUGUUUAAAUUGUUUUAAAUAAAUGAUCAGUAUUGUCUUGAACAAGAAAUA